CGUUUGGACGGCGGGGCGCGCGGCUUCCACCCCCAGGGACUUAUCCGCCCCAGCCCAGAGACCACCCCAGGCCAGAGACCGCGCACCCGGCUUGCGCGCUGCUAGGUGCACGGAGCCGACUCCUUGGUUCCGGACGGAGGUACGUCCCUGCGUCCAUCCUACAACUGGUGCGGCCUCAAGGAGUGAGUCUGCACCCCUCGGGGACAGUUGCGCUCCCACCUGCCCUACCCUACCGCGCCGCGCGUGAGCGGAGGGAAGUCCGAACCUUGAGCCCUUCUGGCCGGCAGACCUGCAGGUGCGCGCCCCGGCCCCAGCCUCCGGGGUCUGCACUCCAGGCGACAGGAGAGGCCCUGAGUCCUGGGCCCAGCAGUGGAAGCGAGGGCUCGGAGGAUGCUGCUUGCUGAAGCCCAGGUGGGGAAACGGAGGCCCCAGAGCGAAAGAGGGGGUGCAGGAUUGCCAGAGACCCUCGAGUGAGCAGAGGCCAAAACCCCAGAACCCUGACUCCGGGAUGUCUGACCUUGAUCCACCGCAGCGGAGCGCUUUACAGCCAUUCCCACACAUGCCCACCGGUGGUGCGUGCUGUUCCCAACCCCUUUAGCAGAGAACCCUGAGGCUGUCCGAGGUACCAAGCCAUUGAGGGCGGAAGCGCCUCCCAGUGGUCCCCUGGAAAACCUAGUCGCCCCGCUCCUCCCGAAGGAAAUUCCUUCCCUAGGAACUUCCCAGCUGCCUGCCGCGCACCCUGGGGUGUGUCCCUGCUAUUCUGGCGCCGGGCUUGGUUCCAGUUGCGGUUUCCACGGAGAAUCCGCUAAGCCCCGCCUCAGCGUCCCAGCCCCUGGGAGGACGGGCCUCUGUUCUUCUAGGCCGCAGGGAGGGAGCGAGACACCAGAGCUGCCCCAGCCACAGCUCCAGCUAAGCACUGAGUGCUCAGCCGGGAGUGACCUGAAGGAGGAGAGGCCUAGGAUCUGCAUUGCUGGGAAGGACGUCACAGAGAGGUGCAGAAGUGGGUGCCCUGCCCUGGGAUAAACAGCAUUCCUUUGCAGGUGUUUUGGGGACCUCAGCAUCUCAGGACUGCCAAGAGGCAGGCUCAGAGCCUGACUGCCUUGGGAGGAAAGGGACUGUUUGGCCAAGGAGCCAGCGGUCUCUGAAGGUGGCCAGGCUCUGGUGCAGCACUCAGCCAUGCUCCGCUGGAGACCAACCCUGGGCCUGGGGCUCUGCCUGCUGGCCGGCACAAGCCUCUGGGCCCUGUGGGCCUAUGUCAGGAACUGGCCGCCCGUCUCCUAUGUGCCCUACUACCUCCCCUGCCCAGAGAUCUUCAACCUGAAGCUGCAGCACAAUGGGGAGGAGCCCCUCCGGCCUGUGGCACAGCCUCUGUACCCUCAGCCCCAGCUGCUGGAGCAGAGGCCCAUGGAGCUGCUGACACUCACACCCUGGUUGGCGCCCAUUGUCUCCGAGGGAACCUUCAACCCAGAGUUGCUGCAGCUCAUCUACCAGCCGCUGAACCUGACCAUCGGAGUCACCGUGUCUGCCGUGGGGAAGUACACCCGCUUUGUCCAGCACUUCCUGGACUCGGCCGAGGAGUUCUUCAUGCAUGGCUACCGCGUGCACUACUACAUCUUCACCCACGACCCUGCAGCCAUUCCCAGGGUCCCGCUGGGUGCUGGCCGGCUGCUCAGCAUCAUCCCCAUCAGGCGCCACUCUCACUGGGAGAUUUCCACACACCGAAUGGAGACCAUCAGCCUGCACAUAGCCAAGAGGGCACACCGGGAGGUAGACUACCUCUUCUGCCUUGAUGUAGACAUGGUGUUCAGGAACCUGUGGGGUCCUGAGACCUUGGGGGACCUUGUGGCUGCCAUUCACCCAGGCUACUUCACUGCCUCCCGCCAGCAGUUCCCCUAUGAGCGGAGGAGAGCCUCCACUGCCUUUGUGGCCAACAGCGAGGGGGACUUCUAUUAUGGUGGGGCAGUCUUUGGGGGGCGAGUGGCCAGUGUAUAUGAAUUUACCAGGGUCUGCCAUAUGGCCAUCCUGACAGACAAAGCCAAUGGCAUCGUGGCCACCUGGCAAGAGGAGAGCCACCUGAACCGCCACUUUAUCUCACACAAGCCAUCCAAGGUGCUGUCCCUGGAGUACAUCUGGGAUGACAGGAAGCCCCAGCCGCCCAGCCUAAAGCUGAUCCACUUUUGUACAGUGAACAAGGACACCAGCUGGUUGAGGAGCUGACAGCAGAGCUGGGGCCACCAUGAAUGGGGACCCAAAGCCCUGCAGCCACCUGCCCCUGUCCAAGCCUUAGAUGGGAAGCAGGCUGUCCUGCCUACCUCCAGCUACCAGGAGAUUCCAGCUGAGAAGGGGUGAGGGAGGCGCUGUCCACGUCCUAGGGCAGUGCACCCCUGAAGGUGCAGUGAUCGGGCACAGGGAUCAUCGGAGGGGAAGACGAGAGGUUAGAGAGAUGGGGCCCCGCAGCUUGCCUCGUCUAGCAGGUGCACCUUCAGGCAGGCAGGCCCUGGCGUCUCCGCCCCCGAGGGCCUGAAAUCCUGCCAGGUCCCCCUUGAAGUCGCAAUUUAACACCACUGUGUGAAAGGCACCAUGGACCCCUCUCUCUGGCUGCCUGGGUAUCAUGAUGUCCCCUCAGCCAUAUACAGCCAGUUCCUCAUCUGGGACCCAAAGUCAGCCUCAGAAAUGGACCUGGUCUAGGCUCCCUCUGGGUUCCUGCAGACAUUGGGGAGCCACUCUCACGGACUAGCC